CAGCUUGGAAUAUCUCUCAAAUGGAAGCCAAUUUCACAUGUGCAGAUGCAGAUGAUGCAACAUUUAGGAAGGAAAAAAAAUUGUGAUUUCCUUAUGGUGUAGAUUUUGCAUUAAGAGUUGUUGCUAUUUAGUCACUUUACUAAUAUAUAACAGUUCAAAAAUAUUUUCAUGUCUUUUCUCAGGUCAUUAUUUUCCUUUUUGUGAGUUAAGAGCUAAAAAUUGUCAUAUACUAAUUCCAAAAAGACUGUUUGGUUGGAAGGAGAGGAAAGGAAAGGAAUAAGGAAGUUUAUUCAACUAAAAUCUGAAAGUUGGGUGGAGUUCGAAUUCCAUUCCACUCUUUAUUUCUCCUUGACAUAUUUGCCCCUUUGUUUUGUUUUCGCUGUUCAGUCUUUGUUCCCGUCUAAGGUAAUUCUCACCCAUAGCCGUUCCUCUUCGUCGACGUCGAGAUUUCGUUACAGACUUCACGUUAAAGGCUCCUCUUUGCGGGGCAACACAAGUAAAUAUAAAAGCAAGCAAAGUGACAAACAGCAGAGCAGUAAUGGCGUCUAUGUUACAGAAGAUAGAGGGAGACAACUCAGUUCUUCUGCGUGUCACUCAUGCAAACCUCAAGAGUUUCAACGCUGACGUUCAUUUCUCCCUUCAGAUGACAGUGGAGGGUGUCAAAGAGAAGCUAUGGCAUAAAUGUGGGACUUCGGUAACUUCAAUGGCAUUGGAGCUUUACGAUGAUAGCAACUCCAAAAUUUCUAAUUUAUCCGAUGAUUCAAGGCCUCUUGGAUUUUACUCCCCUUUUGAUGGGUAUCGGAUUCAUGUGAUAGAUCAGGACCCUUCGUCGGUUACAUCCGGUGGGUGGCUUGAGGACACUUCACUUGUUGAAAAGUACACUAUUUCAGAUGAAGCUUACAAAAAACGCGAUGGCACUUUCAGAAAAUUUAAGGAAAAGAUGGUAUCGCAAAACCCAUCAGCAUUUGAGGCAAAAAUAACAGAUAGUUACAUGGAAGAACUCUGUGCAAAUAUCAAGGUAGGAGAUAGAUGCCAAGUUGACCCAGGGGCAAAAAGAGGUGUUGUUAAAUUUGUUGGCCGAGCAGAAUCUCUGGCACCUGGUUUCUGGGUUGGAAUCAAAUAUGAUGAACCAUUAGGAAAACAUGAUGGCAUGGUGAAAGGAACACGUUACUUUCAAUGCCCUCCGCUUCAGGGUGCAAUGGUUAGGCCAGACAAAGUAAAGGUUGGUGACUUCCCCGAGCGAGAUCCCUUCGAGGAGGAGGAAAUUUGAGCGGCAGUACCUUCUGGGAGUAAUGGUACAAUGUUUCUUCAUUUACUUCUACAGCUGAUAUGCUUUCUUCCGGGAGAGGGAUUGGUCUAUUUCUUUUAUCUCUUUUUCUUCUGGUUUGGGGAUUUAAUGAUUAUUGAGAAUUGUGUUAAUAUUGGCAAUGUGGGUUCCCGUCUCAAUAUACUGUACCUUUUACUUUGUCAGUGAAGUCUAUGAAGUAGAUAUUAUGCCGUAUUAUUUAUACUUGUCAAGCAUAGUUGGGAUGUCUGUUUCAUCCUUCUGAUUCCAAUCACGAGUAAAAUAUUCUGGUUAAGAAGAUUCUUCUUUUGUUAUCUCAAACUAACUACAAGUUUAGUUUCAGGGUUUCAUAAUUUCAUUAUGUGAUAAUGCAAAAGUUUCAUGA